AUGGUAGAUAAACCAAAGAAAGAGACGCUUUCCCAGAGAAGAUACAGAAUAAUCAUUGCUAUCCUAUACGGGCUAACAGUUGGUGGGAUGUUUUCUAUAGCGUGGUGGCUAGACAGCCUAGCAGAGCCUCUGAAGACGCAGGAUGCCAAGAAUAAAGACAUAUGUGUAUAUGUGGAAAAAAGCGAAAGUCCUAAAGACGAUGAUAAGAUGGGUAAAAUGGAAGGUCCAAGCACAUAUACAUCAGAUGUAGAGAAAACUGCAUUAGGUAUGUAA